GUAAUUUAGACAGUUGACAGAAUGGAACGUGAAAACUAACCCCGUGUGUUUAAUAUUUUUAUUAUUGCUGUAAAAAUGCUAAUUUUCGAUUAAUAUUGCAAUGAAUUUAUUACAAAUAUGAAAUAGUUGAGUCAUGGAUCCAUUCGAGACACACAACAUUACGUUCCUGGACCUCAGCGGGGUUGACGAGCCAGAACGGCAAGAGGUUUUGGAUUCUCUGUACGCCGAGAAUGUAAAUGUGCAGCUCCCAUGGAGGGUCCCGGAACAAAAGACCGAUGUCAAAACUCGGUUCACCGCCACCGCUGACCACCCCCAGGUCGUAUCCCACCCGCCGGUUUACCUCAACGCCUAUAUGCCGCCCCCCGAGCCACCAAUGUAUCACCCAUACUCGCAAUACGUGCUGUAUCUGCCCCCAGUCGUAACAUACACACAAACCGCCCCCAACUACGACUACAUCACCGACGAGGAGUACAACCAGGCGUAUGUGCCGCCCCCAAGCGCCACCCCUGACCCAAAACCCGAACAAAAGAAAGAGUCUGAUCCUAAUUGUAACGGGGAAACGACUCCAAACAAAGUGAAUAAAUCCUGGGCGAGUUUAUUCAAUAAUUCGAAAAAUUCAGGCGCGAUUAAUGGAAACGGUGUCAAUGAGAAAUCUUCAUCAAACGAGGCUGUGAAUAAACAAAACGUUGAUAAUAACAAUGGUGAAGAUCCAAUCAGAAAUCCCAGAAAGGCCAAAUUCAUCGACCCAAAUUGCUACAGAAUGGGGGAAUUCUUGUUGAAUUAUACCAUCGAUGGAAGAACUAUAAGUUUACAGCCACGUGGUUUGAUAAAUAAGAGCAAUUAUUGCUAUAUUAAUUCCAUUUUGCAAGCACUUUUAGCUUGUCCUCCUGUUUAUAAUUUACUAGUUGGCUUAUCGGAACAAAACACUACCGCUCAGAAGGAGAAAGCCACGCCCAUCAUUGACGGAAUGUGCCGUUUCGUGAAAGAAUUUCAACAUUUACCAGCCGGUUUGCGUGUAAAUCGACGAAAUGAUAAAAACCAAAAGAAGGAACAAGGCGUAAUGAUCGAUUAUGAUUUACCAUUUGAGCCUUCUUGGAUCUAUAAAAUGUUGAAUGGUGUUAGAAGUGAUUUGUUUUUGGUGGAGGGACGUCAGGAGGAUGCUGAAGAGUUUUUGGGUUGUUUAUUAAAUGGACUGAACGAUGAAAUGCUAGAAUUGAUGAAAUUGGUGAAAAGUGACCUAACGAUCAAUAAGUGUGAGUCGAAAGCUGGGGAUCACGAAUCAGAUAAGGAGUGGCAAGUUAUGGGACCAAAAAAUAAAGGUAGCAUAACGCGUCAAAUGGAGUUUGUGAAGACGCCGAUUAGUAAUAUUUUCGGGGGGUUUCUCAAGUCGAGGAUUCACAGGGCGGGGGACCAUUCCACUUACAACAUCCAGCCGUUUUUCACUCUCCAAUUAAACAUCGAGAAAGUGAAAACUGUGCGUGAGGCACUUGAGGCUUUGGUUUCGAAGAAUCAACUAGAGGGCGUUACGAAUGAAAAGACUAAUGAGGAAGUGGAGGCGUGGCAACAAGUCACUUUGGAGGAACUUCCGGUUAUUUUAAUUUUGCAUUUAAAGUGUUUUGAUUUUAAGCUAGAUGGAUGUACGAAAAUUGUCAAAGCUUUGGAGUUUCCCAUCGAUUUGAAAAUUGAUUCUAAACUGUUAUCUUCCAAGCCAAUGUCGCCGAAAGAGAAACAGUAUAAAUUAUUCGCCGUCGUGUAUCAUGAUGGGAAAGAAGCAACAAAAGGGCACUAUAUUACAGAUGCCUUUCAUGUCGGUUAUAGCAGUUGGAUACGAUAUGAUGACGCGUCGGUCAAGUCAGUUCAAGAAGACUAUGUUUUGAAGCCACAAGGAACUAGAGUUCCCUAUUUGUUAUUUUACCGUCGUAGUGAUACCAUUAGAAGCAAAUAAACAUACAUUUGGCCUAUUAAUAAUUGUUAAUAAGUAAACUUAUUUUAAUAAAUUAACUUUAUAUAAA